GUUAUGACUUGUCAAAUAUCGAAAUGAUCUCUACACAGUCUCUUGACUUGAAUUAUAAGCAAGCUUUUCGACCUGAUCAGUUGAAACAAGUUUGCUGCCACGAUUUUGAUAUGAAUAAUCUUCAUUCAUUCAUUGGAUAUUUUCCAAAUUUGAAACGACUCCACUUGCGACUCUAUAAAGCGGACGGCGUUUUUUACAAUGGACCAAAUCUGUCUUGGUUAAAGAUUCUUGAACUUCAUACAAGCAUUUUAGUUGACCAAUUCACCGGAUUCCAUUUCACAGAUUUUUGUCCAUCCUUGGAAAGCGCUUUCUUCAAUUUUCGGGCGAGAGAUUUUUAUGUAGAUGAAUCGAUAAAGAAUUACAAUUUGAGAGAUUUGGUUAUCGAAGAUUCUGGUUUUCGUUUUGUGGUUCUGAUUGAUAAUAUUCGUUCUUCUCUCCAAGAUGGUUAA